UAAAAAUAAAAAAUAUUUGUCAUUGUCACUCAAAGUAGAAUAUUUUGUCUCUGCAACUGUAUAAUUCGGAAUUAUUGUCGUAUUUUUUAUUAUACAUUUAUCUCCGUAAAUUUUAAAUAAAUAUAACAUGACAAAAGUGAAUAUUAAGACGGAUAUUCCAGAAAAUCUUUCGUUGGAAGACCAUUCUUCUGACGAUUUUAUAGGUAGAACGGAUAAAAGAGAAAUCACUGCCGAGGUUUGUGAAUUAGCCGAUGACGCAAUCUUUUGUAAAGUGGUUAAAGGCUUAACAGCGCCUAAUUGUAGUGAACUUCCACAAAAAUCGUUCACCGAAUUAAAGGUUUUGCCAACAAGGCAAUACCUGGACCAAGUUCUGGUACCCAUUUUGAUGCGAGCGAUUGCUUUUAUUGCCAAAAUAAGGCCACCUAGUGCUAUAAAAGCUUUCGCCAUGUAUUUACUGAAGCAUCGAGCCGAAUACGAAAGCACCGACGACGAUUUUAGAUAUUCGACAGAAUCAUUGAACACUACUUCCACUGGCGAUAGUGAAAGUAACUGAUUAUUUCGCAAUAGUGAAUGUUUUAUAAUUAAAAAUCGUGUCUCUUUAUUAACAAAACCGAGACAACGCUAAUAGUAAUUAGAGAAGGGUAAUCCAUACUAUCUAUCUAUAUCAUCUUUUACCGUAUAUAAUGAGACAAUAAAAAUAUGAUCUUUAAAUGACCCAUUUCUUUCGUUAUUGAGAGUUUUUUGACCCAUUUUCGCGUCGUUUUUGCGGCUGAAACUUGUUAAAAAAUAAUUUAAAUAUACAAAAUAUAGAAAUUGUUAUUGCUUCUUUAAUUUCAUAUAGGGUCAACUUCCAUCUAAAAUGAACAUUUUAAAACUUUUUUAAAAAUUAGUUUUUUGAUAAAAAAAAACAUUGAAAAUUUUUGUUGGUAAACUGUAGCAAUCAAAAACUUUCCUCUGGGUUUCGCCUAAUGCCUAAACUAUAUCCACUAAUGUAAAAAUUAUUAUAAUAAUUAUUUUAACGUAUACCUAUUAGCGGGGUCUUUUAUUCUUUGGAGAUACGCUUUUUACGAUA